UGUAGCACUGAAGAAUCUUGAAAUAAAAGAAAAUGCACUGAGUCAGCUGGAUGUACCAUUUAAAGUUAAAGCAGGACAUAUUAGUCAACUUAACCUACAGAUUCCAUGGCAGAAUCUUUAUACUCAACCUGUAGAGGCAGUUCUUGAUGGAGUGUAUUUGCUUAUUGUGCCCACAGCCAGCAUAAAAUAUGAUGCGGAAAAAGAAUCCAAACAGCUCUUGGAAGCAAGACAAAGAGAACUGCAAAGGAUAGAGGAAGCAAAACAGAAAAUAGCUGACCAAGAUAAGGUAAAAGAAGAGAAACAAGACAGUUUUGUUGAAAAAUUAGUAACUCAGGUCAUCAAAAAUCUUCAGGUGAAAAUUUCCAACAUCCAUGUUCGCUAUGAAGAUGAUAUCACAAAUCAGAAUAAUCCCUUGUCAUUUGGCAUUUCACUUCAGAAUCUGAGCUUGCAGACGUCAGAUAAGAACUGGAAUCCAUGUUUACAUGAUGAAACUGCCAAGCUCUUCUACAAGCUUGUACGACUGGAUAAUCUUUUUGCAUAUUGGAAUGUGAAAUCUGAGAUGUUCUAUCAUGGUGGUUAUGAAGAGUCUUUGGUUAACUUAAAACAGGGAGUUGCCUGCCGCAAUGUAAUUCCAGAGGGUUAUGAUUUUGUAUUCCGCCCAAUUUCAGCUAAAGCCAAACUCCUUAUGAAUCCUCGAUCAGAUGUUGACUUUUCAACACCAAAAAUGGAUUUAGAUGUAAAUUUACAGGAUAUAGCUGUUGAAUUCAAUAAGCCACAGUACUUCAGUGUUAUGGAGCUCCUUGAGUCUGUUGAUAUGAUGACUCGAAAUCUGCCAUAUAGAAAAUACAGACCUGAUGUUCCAUUGCACAACCAUGCUAGGAUAUGGUGGAAAUAUGUUAUUUAUGGCAUUCUUGAAGUAAAUGUUCAACCGAAGCUCCAGAUGUGGUCAUGGGAACAUAUUCGGCACCAUAGGAAACAAGUGAAGAACUACAGAGACAUGUAUAAAACAAAGAUAACAUCCAAAAAACCCAAUGAAGAAAUCUUAAGGUUGUUGGAGGAAUUUGAAAAGACCUUGGAUAUUUUUAACAUCACCCUAGCGAGGCAACAAGCAGAAGUUGAGGCUACUAAGGCUGGACUAAAAAUUUACAGACCAGGAGUAAAACAAGAUGAUGAAAAUUCUGGUGGCUGGUUUAGCUGGAUAUGGGGCUGGUCAGGUGAAAAAAAGGACCAACAGAAACAAGAAGUAAAGGGUUCAAGUCUUGAAGAGCUAAUGACACUUGAAGAAAAGGCUAAACUUUAUGCAGCAAUUGGAUAUAGUGAAACAGCCGUGGAUCCAACACUUCCAAAAUCAUAUGAAGCCAUGAAGUUAUCUGUGAAGCUAUUAAGCAUGUCUAUAUCAAUAAGAGAAAAUGAGCAAACCCCUGAGCUGGUAAAAUUUGCAUUAAUUGAUUUGAGUACAGUGUUUACUCAGCGACCAGGUGCACAAGCAAUAAGAUUUGAAACAAAAAUAAGUUCACUUGAAGUUACAGGCAUGUCCCAAGAAAAAUGUACACCCUGUCUGCUAUCUUCUCGUACAGUCUAUUCAGACAAUAGUACCUCACUCUUGAGCAUAAUGUUUGAGACCAAUCCUUUGGAUGAAAAAGCAGACCAGAGGCUUAGAAUAGAAUCUCAACCAUUGGAAAUAAUAUAUGAUGCAAGGACAGUAAAUAAUUUGGUGGAUUUCUUCAGGCCUCCAAAAGAUGUACAUUUAGAGCAGUUGACAUCGGCAACUCUAAUGAAGCUUGAAGAGUUUCGUGAGAAAACAUCAACAGGUUUGUUAUACGUUAUUGAAACACAGAAAGUUCUUGACCUCAAAAUUGACCUAAUGGCUUCAUACAUCAUUGUUCCACAAAAAGGAUUCUAUGACUGUACAUCAAACAUACUGCUUCUGGAUCUUGGUAGUCUUAAGAUGAAAAGUAAAAGUCGUUCUGACUUAUCUAAACUUAAAAUAGGACAAAGCAGUAUUGAAGAUAUAAUGUCAAGAGCUUAUGACAGUUUUGACAUCCAGCUUAGCAGCAUACAGUUGCUGUACAGCAAACACGAUGAAAACUGGCAAGAGGCACGUAAGCUGAAACACUCAUCGCAGCAUAUCUUGCAGCCAUUGGAUGUAAAAGUGGAAUUUAGCAGGGCUAUGGUUGUCACAGAUACAAGAAUGCCCAAGUUCAAAAUGUCUGGACAGCUGCCUUUACUCUCUGUCCAAAUAUCAGACCAGAAGUUGACAAGUAUUUUGGAACUUAUUGAUAGUAUUCCGAAGCCAAAAAGUACUCCGGCUACAGGUUCUCCACCCAAAAUGCCUGAGGCUGCCAUAUCUCCAGUGCUGUCAGCACCGCAUUUAUCCCAGGGUGUGUUUUCUGUUUUGGACCUUCAUUCGCUUACUGAGUCAGAAUCAGAAGAAGAAUUUUAUGAUGCGCUAAGCAGUCCUGUGGAAGACCUGCCAUUUUUUGAAGCCUCGUGUGGUUCCCUCAAGCGAGGCAAUAGCACAAGACGACAAAAAUUACGUAAACAAGAAUCUAUGAAGAAUAUGACAGAUUUCCAGCUGACAUUUGAAGUAGCUGAGGUUUUGAUUAAAUUAUGUCGACUUACUAAUAAUAUUGAGACACCUGUGCUGCAGCUUGAAGUUGUAGGCUUAGGCACUGAGCUCAAAUUAAGAACAUUUGACAUGACCGCAAAUGCUUUCCUUCGUGAAGUUUGCUUACUGUGCCCAGAAUAUAUGGAUGAUAAUGGCAGACCAGUUUAUAUCAUUACUACUUUGGAUAAUGUUGAGGAUGAUCUUCUCACUCUGGAAUACAUAAAGGCUGAUAUUAACGGACCAGAACUCAGAACUACCUAUCAGAAUGUUCUACAGAAAAUAAAGGUGAAUUUUUCUUCUCUCGAUAUUCAUUUGCAUACUGAAACCCUCCUAAAUGCCAUGAACUAUCUGAACAGUCUCCUACCGAAACAAGAAACUAAAGUUGCAGAAGAACCAGUCCAGGAAAAGUUAGAGGAAAAGAAGGAUGUUCUUAAGAAAUUAACAUCCAAAAAAUCGAAGUAUGAAGAUAUUGUUGACCUCAAUAUCUGUGCAGACUUAUCCUGUUUACGUGUUUUUAUUAGAGAGAAAAAACAAAGAAUAUCUGAAAUUCAUAUCGAAGGUCUGGAUAGCCAAGUAAUCAUGAAAAAAGCAGCAAUGGAAGUGAAUGCAAAGUUAAAGAAUAUCAUUGUUGUGGAUUCUGAUGAGAUGGCAUUAUAUAAGAAGGCUCUUUACAUCACAGGAAAAGAAGUCUUCAACUUUAGAAUGAUAUCUUAUGUGAAUGCUACAGAUGGUAUUGCAUAUACAAAUAUGGAUGUUGUUGACAGUCGUAUUUACCUAACUGUUGGUUGCAUUCAAGUAGUUUUUGUCAACAAGUUUGUUUCCUCUGUUUUGGCUUUUGUAAAUAACUUUCAAGCUGCCAAAGAAGCAGUUACUGAGGCAACUGUUCAAGCAGCAGAGAAAGCAGCCACAGGUGUAAAAGAACUGGCAGAGCGUAGUUCCCGCUUGGCACUAGAUAUCAAUAUUAAAGCACCAGUUGUGAUCAUUCCGCAGUCAGCAAUGUCUGCUAAUGUGCUGGUGGCUGAUCUUGGUCUAAUCACUGUGAAGAACCGAUUCGUUAUUGCUAAAACCAAAACACGAUAUACUCUCCCACCUGUUAUUGACUCUAUGACAGUGAAAUUGAGUGAACUGAAGUUAUACAGAUCGUACUACGAAAGUGGUUCAUUGCAAACUGAAGUGCAACUGCUCCAGCCACUAAAUCUGGAAGUUAUUGUUGAACGAAAUUUAGCUGCUGCUUGGUAUAAUGAAAUUCCUGAUAUUGAAAUAUCUGGACGACUCAAGCCUAUGAAUUUGAUCCUCAGUCAGGAAGACAUAACCACAAUAUUAAGGACACUAAAUGAAAAUAUAGGUGGGAGCUCUGGUGCACCACCACCACCUUUACCAGAAUCAAAAGACACAAAUAGCCAUUGUAGUGAUGUGCAUAGUACCUCACAGCACUCUGCAGGUGUGACUGUUGUGACAUCAGCUGUAGUGGAACUGCAUUCGCCUAUUAAAAUUAAAACUACACUAAAAUUGGAUUUCAGAUUUGACUCUCUGACUUUGGUAUUGUAUAGUCCAAAUUCAAAACAGGCUGCAGUUACAGAUCAGAGGGAUGAUCUUUUGAAACUUGCAGAAUUUAAGUUAGUUUUGAUGUCAGCCGCAGUCAAAAUGUUAUCAGAUGGUUCAAUGAAUGCUUCAGUCAAGUUAGCAAACUGUACAUUAGAUGAUAAAAGACAGUCAAUCCAGAAGGCGAAACCGAGGAUGGUGGAAAUGAAACAUGGAUUUGAAAAGAAAUUUAUGGUGGAUAUAAGCUAUAAGCAGGGGAGAGAUGGUACUGUUCUUGACACAAUUAUUCAGGAGAUAUACCUAUGUGCAAGCAUGGAAUUUCUACUGACUGUUGCAGAUAUAUUUCUAAAGGCUAAUGCAGAAAGUGCUGCUGCACAGAGAAGUUUCAAACAAUCUUUACCUUUGAAGGAACAAGCACCCUUGCAGCCUGUGUCUACAAUGGAAAUGAAUAUUAUUGUUAAAAAUCCAGAGAUCGUGUUCGUGGCAGAUUUAACCAAAAGUUAUGCUCCUGCAUUGGUGGUCACAGCUCAGUGUGAGGUCUUCAUUAAAAAUAGCCCUGAAAUGUACAGCAUGACAGCUGCUGUUAAAGAGAUACAAAUGAAAGCAUGCCCUUUUCUUCCUGAAGAAAGGAAAGGAAAUAUUAUUACGGUAUUACAGCCUUGUGACUUCUUCUUUGAAAUGAAGCGGUUGGGAACUAAUCCACAAUUUGCUGAUCUAAUGAUUAAAUCUCUAACAAUAAAAGUUUCACCAAUAAUCAUAAAUACAGUGAUUACCAUUACAUCAGCCCUUUCUCCAACUACAGAAACAAAAGAGGAAGAAAUCAGUCAAAUUCCUCCAGACCUGUGGAAUAAGAAAGAUAUAAAAAAUCUAAAAAUGUGGUUUCUUGAAGAAUCAAAUGAAAAGGAAGAUACAAAUCCAACCACUGAACUAGUUCCCACAGGAGAGACAUUGAAAAUGAAUAUUGAAUCUGUUAUUAUAACACUUGAAGCUGGAGUUGGUCAUCGAACUGUACCAAUGCUUUUAGCAAAGUCAUCAUUUCUUGGAGAAGUAAAAAACUGGAGUACCCUUAUCAACCUACAUUCUCGACUUGAGCUAGAGGUGCAUUAUUUUAAUGAGAUGUUCGGGGUGUGGGAGCCUUUGCUUGAACCGCUAGAAAUUGAGAAGACUGAUUUAUUCAAGCCAUGGAUUCUUGAAUUCAAGAUGAAAAAGAAGGCUAAAAAAGCAUUAGUUGAAUCUGAUGCAGAAGAAGAGAACUACAAAGUCCCAGAAUACAAAACAGUAAUACAUGUUUCCUCAAAAGACCAGCUGAAUAUUACACUAUCCAAAUGUGGGCUAGUAAUGUUGAGUAACUUAGGCACGGCAUUUGCUGAAGCAGCUAGCCAAACUUCAGACAUCUUCAAAAAAGACCGAGCACCUUUCGUUAUUAUAAAUUCUUUGGGACUUCCUAUCACUGUCUCACCUAGUGAUUCCUUUAGUGUCAUUAAUGUUGAAUUUGGAGCAAAAAUAUUUCACCUGGAAGAUGGAGAAAAUUUAAAUAUGGAAUACGUCAGAACAAAAAAUGAAAGUGACCAGUUCACAGCAAUGACAACUCUGAGUAGCAAGAGGUUUUACAUUCAAAUCUGUCCACAUGGUCAUUCUACUGUGGAAAAGAUUCCAUUGACAAAAGUAGGCCGAUGUCUUUACACUGUAAGGCAUGAGGAGUCGGGUGUUGAAAGAUCCAUUGUCUGUCAAAUUGAUACGGUUGAAGGAAGCAAGAUGAUAACUAUACGUUCUCCAAUACAGAUAAGGAAUCACUUCUCAAUUCCAUUAAAUGUUUUUGAGGAAGGAAGUUGUUUAGGAACUGCCUUGCCAGAAAAUGAAUUCAACAUACCUCUGUCCUCUUACAGRUCCAUACUGAGUUUGCAACCCGUUGCCAAUGAAUGUGGGGUGGAUGGAGAAUAUGAUAUGUGUGAAGGAAUUACAUUUGAUGAAAUUAUGAAAAAUGUUGAUAGCUUAAUGCAGAGGAAAUGCCAGUCGGUGAAGUCAACUAGCUACUCACUUGUCAUCAAUAUUGUCCCAGUAAAGGACACCUUGACAACUUCAUUGUCUGUGGAUGACCAAUGGGAUUUUCCUUAUGUUGUGCAUUUAUGGCCUACUGUUCUUCUCCGCAAUUUUCUUCCAUAUCAAAUAACUUACUCUGUUGAGGGGAAUGGGAACAAAUAUGACACUUUAGAAGAUGGAUGCUCAGCCCAGAUUCACAAUGCAGUCUUGGAUCAAACAAAGCUAGACUUGCAGUUGAUUAACUAUCUUGAUCAAAAUUGGAAAAGUGAGUACUAUGUAAAAAGUAAUCUACCAGAGAUCAGCUUCACAACAUUUUACUGCAUCACUGAAUUGGAUAAGACUGAAUUGGAUAUUGCUGUUCAUGUGACUUACACAACUGGGCAGAUGAUCAUUGCGAUUCACAGUCCAUAUUGGAUGGUAAAUAAAACUGGUCGAAUGUUGCAGUACAAAGCUGAUGGAAUUCACCGCAAGCAUCCUCCAGAUUACAAAAAGCCGCUGCUUUUUUCUUUCCAGCCCAAAAACUUCCUCCAAAACAACAAGGUACAACUUAUGGUAACUGACAGCGAACUGUCUGAUCAGUUUUCACUGGACACUGUUGGAAGUCAUGGUUCUGUGAAAUGCAAGAGUCAUAAAAAGGAGUAUCAAGUUGGAGUCACUAUAAACAUCAGCAGCUUUAAUAUUACUAGAAUUGUAACUUUCACUCCAUUUUUUAUGAUCUCAAAUAGAAGCAAAUACAAUUUGGAGGUGUCUGAAGAAGGCAAGGAAAAGUGGAUACCUAUUGUUUUGCAACAGUGCAUUCCUUUUUGGCCGGAAAGUGAUGCCAACAAACUGCUUGUUAGAGUUGAAAAUUCURAUCUUCCUGCAAAGAAAAUAAAUUUUGAUAAGCAAGAAAACUGUCUCUUACUGCAUCUGGACAACAAGUUUGGAGGAAUUAUAGUGGAUGUUAACCUGACCGAGCAUUCUACAGUGAUUACCUUUUCUGAUUACCAUGAUGGUGCAGCUCCAUUUCUGUUAAUUAACCAUACUAGAGAAGAAUUUAUUGAGUAUGGACAGAGUUCCCUCUGUGAGCUGGAAGAUUGCCUUCAGCCAAAUAAGGCCGUGUUGUAUACUUGGGCUGAUCCAACAGGAUCUAGAAAAUUGAAAUGGAAAUGUGGAAAGAGAACUGAGGAAGUUAGCCCCAAGGAAGAUAGAAUGGAAAUACUCAGCUUGGAUAAUAGAAAGAUGGUGUAUCUAGUAUCAUUCUUUGAAGGCUUGCAGCGUAUCCUUCUGUUCACUGAAGACCAGAAUGUAUUUAAACUGACAUAUGAAAGUGUAAAAGCAGAGCUAGCAGAACAAGAAAUUGUUCUGUCCCUACAGGAUGUUGGAAUUUCAUUGGUUAAUAACUACACAAAGCAGGAGGUGUCCUAUAUUGGAAUUACAAGUUCUGAUGUGGUUUGGGAAACAAAACCCAAGAAGAAGUCAAGAUGGAGACCUAUGAGUGUUAAACAAACUGAUAAAUUAGAACAAGAAUUUAAAGAUUACUGUGAGCUUACUCCUUCGGAAAAUAAGAUUAUUGAGUUGGAAUCAAAUGUUUUGGUGUGUUUAACUCCUAAUGGAAGUAACAUGAAAAUUCAACAGCCGAAUGAGAUUCCUAUCAGAAGAAAUUAUCUACCAGCUUUAAAAGUAGAAUAUAGUUCGUCUGCCCAUCAGAAGUCUUUCAGAGUUCAGGUUUACAGGAUACAGAUACAAAACCAGAUUCCUGGAGCCAUAUUUCCCUUUGUGUUCUAUCCUAUUAAACCUCCAAAGUCCAUCACCCUGGAUUCAGCACCAAAACCAUUUACUGAUGUCAGUAUUGUUAUGAGAACUGCAGGACAUUCACAAAUAUCUCACAUUAAGUACUUUAAGGUCUUGAUUCAGGAGAUGGAUCUCAGACUAGACCUUGGAUUCCUGUAUGCAUUGGUUGAAUUCUUUACACAGACUGAUGUCCCCAGUGACCAGGAGUUGGAACUCUUCAAAAAGGAUGUAGAAUCUCUGCAAGAAGAGCUGAUGAGUGUGUCAUCAAUGGACACAUCACAGAUCAGCUUGUAUGAGUUCUUUCAUAUCUCUCCAAUAAAGUUACACUUAAGCUUUUCACUUAGUACUGGUGGAGAAGAUAGCAACAAAGAAGAAAGAAAAAAUGAAUUGAUACCGCUUCAAUCCUUGAAUCUCCUACUGAAGAGCAUAGGUGCCACACUCACAGAUGUACAAGAUGUUGUCUUUAAGUUGGCAUUCUUUGAACUGAACUAUCACUUCUGUACUACACAACAAUUGCAAUCAGCCGUUAUAAAGCAUUACUCAAAACAGGCUAUUAAACAGAUGUAUGUUCUUAUUCUUGGCCUUGAUGUCUUGGGUAAUCCAUUUGGAUUCAUAAGGGGCUUGUCUGAAGGAGUUGAAGCAUUGUUCUAUGAGCCUUACCAGGGAGCCAUUCAGGGUCCUGAAGAAUUUAUAGAAGGAAUGGCAUUGGGCCUUAAGGCACUAGUAGGGGGAGCUGUUGGUGGAUUAGCAGGGGCAGCUUCAAGAAUCACGGGUGCUAUGGCAAAAGGAGUAGCUGCAAUAACCAUGGAUGAGGAUUACCAGCAAAAAAGGAGAGAAGCCAUGAAUAGGCAACCCACUGGUCUACGAGAGGGUAUCACUCGUGGAGGAAAAGGAUUGGUUUCUGGUUUUGUCAGUGGCAUAACAGGAAUAGUUACAAAACCAAUAAGAGGAGCCCAAAGAGAAGGAGCAGCUGGCUUUUUCAAAGGUGUUGGAAAAGGUUUAGUGGGAGCGGUAGCUAGGCCUACUGGAGGAAUCAUAGAUAUGGCAAGCAGCACCUUUCAGGGCAUUAAAAAAGUUGCAGAUUCAUCAGAAGAUGUGAUAAGUCUGCGCCCUCCUCGCUUCUUUGGUGAAGAUGGAGUUAUUAGACCUUACAGACUAAGAGAUGGAACCGGGAGUCAAAUGUUACAGAAAAUCGAAAAUGGAAGAUUUGCAAAAUUCAGAUAUAUUGCCCAUGCCAUGGUUAACAGUACAGAUUUGUUAAUGGUAACAAAAAGCGGUGUGUUGUUUGUGACGAAAGGCACGUUUGGGCAGCUCACGUGCGAGUGGCAGUACACGUACGACGAAUUUACCAAAGAGCCCUUCAUUGUGGAUGGCAGGAGGCUCCGCAUCGAAGCCAAGGAACGAGUGAAGUCUGUGUUCCACGCCAAAGAAUUUGGAAAGAUUAUUAAUUUCAAAACUCCGGAAGAUGCUAAGUGGAUCCUUUCUAAACUGGAAGAAGUGAGAGAGAAUCAGCCAAAGCUGUAAUCACUGAAGACAACAAGACAUGAAGAACACUGAAUCAACAAGUUACCUUCAAUUUCUCUUCAUCAUGCAGAACUAUUUGAGCUGUCAAUAUCAAAACAAAAAGAAAUGAAGAAAAGAGGAUUUGUGAAACUUUAUUAUUGUUGCAUCAGUGUCCUGGUACAUCACUAUUGAAUCAUUGUCACAAAAAUAGUUGCUGUUAAAAAUGUGUUCAAAAAAAAAUCUGUCUACUUUUGACAUACUGGAUUUUUUUUUUAUGAAUUCCAGAUUUCAUUUUUUGAAAACACAGUAUAAAGUAUAAUGUUUUACUUCCAAUUAGUUUACAUUUGAUACUGAAAUUGAGCUCUGGAAUAAUUCUCACGGUAUUAUACAGAGCAGAUGUUUGAUUUAAAUCCAAAAAUAAUUUGAAUAUCAGUAUUUAAUUUCUGUCUUCAGUUUUCAUAUCUUAUGAGACRUAACGCUGUGUUGAAAUUCCAAUUUCUUCAUCUGGGGAAAUAGGAACUUACUCAGCUAUUCUUGAAACUCCAGUUCUAAGACGGAUGCUGCUGAACGGAAUAGUCUAAUUUAUGUGUAUAAAUAACAAUGGGGAUGCUUGUUUAACAAAUACCUUUUCCUUUUUUUUUGUAAAUGAACAGAAUGUGCUAUGAUAAAUUUACAACACAAUAUAAUUUUUAGUGUGAACUUUUUUUAUAUUCUACUCAAGGCAAUAUUCAAAGAAAAUCUGACAGUUUACAGAAGCAUAUAAUAUGGAAAAUGAAUACAUACCUAUACCAGGAAUGUGAAUGAAACCCUAUUAGUCUAAAUUAACAUUAUCAACAGAUUCGCAGCUUAGUGAGGAAGCCUUGAGGUUUAAGGACACUGUUGUAUACCCAAAAAUAUCCCCUGAAUUAUGCAGUAUUGUGUGCUAAGCAAACUARAAUGACUAACAGAAUCAAAUUUAUAUUAAUAAUAAAUAUCGUAUUUCACAGUUGUUUUUAUCAACUUUACUUCUCCAAUAAAACUUUCUAAGAUUCAUAUCCAUAAAGCAGAAUUUCAGUAGGGAGAGCCUGAAGUUGUGAGAUACUUCUUGCAAGCUGCUGCAUUAUUGUAAAAUCUAAAAUGGAUAGCRUGCUAAAUUGCAACUGUGGUUCCUUAAUUUCCUUGUCCUGUUUCUGCUGUUGAGUGACUCUUUAUUUGGUAAAAAAAGUACACGUAACAUUCCCUUUAACUUUAUAAUUUGAUAUAAAUUGAAUCUAAACAUCAGUGAGUUCCAAACUACGGCAAUGACUCUGUUCCUCCACUGUUCUGAAACAGGUCUACAACUCAGGUUAUGAUCAUGCCAAAACAAUAGAAUACUUUGCCUUAGAUGAGUUGUGUCCUUAACUGCACUGAGUGCCACUCUGCAUCGUUUUUUGCAUAUUUUUAAGCUGUCACUUGUAUCCUGGACCUGAUAGUUGCAUCUACAGUCUCAUGAUCCUGAUUCCUGAAUAUUCCCUUAGUUGUCCCCUACUCUCUCCUUCCAUCCCUAGUAUCAUCUGUACAGAUGCUGCAACUAACACGUCUGUUWGCAAGUAUUUUGCACAUUCCCAUUUGUGCGACUCUUCAGUUCACUUACUAUUUAGCUUCUUCCCACAGAGCCUUUUUUCUGUUGAGUUUAUCAUCUCCUAUUAUUUCUUUUAUUUUGCCAACAAAGUCCUGAGUCUCAGAUCUUGGUAAGUGCUCUUCAUUAAUGCUUAAUCAAUGUAAUCAUUAAUGAUAUAAGGAUAUUUUAAAUGGCAGUGCAUGGUUGCAGUUAAACUGCCUUGGAAAAAAUAACAAUUAUCUCAGAUUUGCCAUUUUGAUAUAAAUUAUUUGGAUGUUUGCUAACUUAAAAGCCUUAACAUGAGAACUAAAAGCAUAUUAAGUGUCCUGAUUCUAUCAGGAUUCAGAAUGUUAAAAAAUUAGCAUAGACUUACCCACCACUCCCUUUGUAUCUUCUAAUCACAACAUGAUUUUAUAGAGAUCAUUUUCCAAUCAGCAAAUUUUUCCUAAGCAAUAAAUUAUCUUUUCCCUUUCUUCACCCCUUUCUCUCUCUCCAUGAAGUUCUGCAUGAAUUUUGUCAUCUGCAAUAGACAACUUCUGUUCUUCUGUUUUAUUUCAGUGAAUACUGCAUUUGCUUCCCAUAAUAUAAACUGGAUUAAAAAUACAGACAAUAUUGAACUUGGCUGAUUAUAAACCAGCUAGGGGAGAGGAGAAAGGUAUUCAGUCAUGCCAUUGUGUCGUUUACAGGAUUACUGCAGAUUUAGAUAUCUGUUCUGCUCUGCCUCAUUCCAUAUUUCAAGACACACAUUUUUCAACAAGAAAGUAGAAUUUUAUAUGUAAUAUUAAUUUUUAUUAAUGAUUUAUAUGCAAUUAACUGGGGGAUCAUGAUAAAAAUCAAAACACAGGCAUCUAGGUCUGUGCACUGUAGUACUUAAAAGUAUACCAUGGCCUUUAUUGAAAAAUAUUUUCUAGAUGACUGUUAGCUAGAUUUACUUAUUUUAAGUCAUGUAGCUUCUCUGUCAUAGUUGUAGUAAUUACAUUUAGCUAUAAGAAAGCAAAGGGAGUAUAUAUAUAAAAAAUAUAUAUAUAUAAAAGAUGACAACCAAUAGUUCUGCUGGAUCCUGAUUGACUGCCUAUGAAAAGUGCUGUAAAAUACGCAGGCGCAUUGCUAAAUCAUCUGUAAGUUAAASUGUUUGCAUCUCUUUCUGUUCAGCUGCAUAGUCACUUGCAUGGCUUUCCAUUUGUUUUCCCACCACAAAAGAAAUUUUAUUGGUAUGUAAUUAUAACUUGAUUCAUUACCUACUGCAUUAAUUGAAUGUUUUACCUGAUGCUGUUGUUAAUCAGUGUUACCAUUAUACAGGAUUUUCAAGUAGAAAAUAAAACAGGACCAAAUCCUGUUUCUGAAAAGGUACAGCCUCUGCUGCGAGAAUCUCAGUGAGAGCAGAAUUCAAAAUUCAGUCAUUUCUUUGGGUUUAUUGUAAGGUCAGGCUUAAUUGUCCUUAUAAUAACUGGACUUAAAAUUUGAAGUUAGCAUAUACGUUGUUUUAAUGUGAUUUUCUUUUCCUGUUGUUGCAUUGAAAAUCAUAGAUGAUGUCACAUGAUCACCACACUCCGUUGAAAUCUGUUUUGAAAUAAAGUUCUGUAAAUGUGGAACUUAC